UAAACGCGGUAAACGUCAGGUUCAUCCGACGCGGACGGGGCGGGCGAGAGAUCGUCGAUCGUCCGAGGGUUGAGCUGUCAGUGAUCGAAGCACUGUCCUCGCAAGAUAGGAUAUCUUUCUCCCUCGACGCGGUGAGACUUUCGAUUGAUGCAAGACUGAACGGUAAACCGCUGAAAAAUUGCGACGUUACUCGAUGGCUAUGAUUUCUGCCGGGAACUCUUCUCGGAGACCGCGUCCACUCUGAAGAGUUUUACGAGUAAGAUCUGACAACUGGUCCCUCCUCAUCUAACCGUCUCUUCCCUCGAAAGUCAAUUGGCGGCUCGAAAUCGAGGAACGAUAUCGUUCGUUAAAAUGAAAAUCGGGAGGACCAAGUGAAAUGUCCUGACAAUUGAAAUUUUUUAAUUAACAGUUCACCUCUGGCAACGAGUUCCCUACACGUGUACAUUAUAUUUUUACUCCGCACGUAAAGAGAUGCACUCCGGAAUUAUUAAAAUGCCCGGACGAAUAAUUUAAUAAUGCGUUGCUAUCGGGAAUCGGUGUGUUUAACGGUACACCUUUAGUUUCACGUUCAGCGAUGGACGGUUUUACGACGAAAGCUCUCAAUCGCGUCGUGCGACAGAUGUCAAGCCGUAAUAUCUGGGGCGCGCUACUGCCGCUUCGAUACCUGAAGUAUUACGGCAAAUUGCGCGACAUUAUCAAGAUCUUGCAUCAAUCCGGGGCAAAUGUUUACGAUAGUCGGAUAUACGCGGCGAAAAUUGGCAGUGAAUAUCGGCUCUUUUGCGUCGUUACCGCGCUGGUGAGAGAUCGAUCUUGAUCUUACGAGGAAACUAAGAAUACGCCGGGCGAUGCGAGAUUAUCAGCGAUCCAAGAAUCGCGGGGCGUUUCGUUAUCGGAGCGACUUUGGUUCUCGCGUUGUUUCCCCGCGAAUUAAUUUGUCCCAAGUCAGUAAUGUAAUUUUUAUGACGUACGGAACUAGCCCUCGCGAUUACAACGAUCCGCGCUUGGUCGCGCAGACUUUAAUUAAGUUCUAGCUCUCCUUGACGUUAUAAUUUAACCAAAAUAUAGACGCGGGGAAGGAGAGAGAGAGAGAGAGAGAGAGGGAAUUUCCUUAACUAAAUUUAGCAAUAAGCGGUUCCAUUGAGAGGAACCGUGAGAAUCAACUUUAAAGUUGUCGGGCGCGAAUCUGCGCCUUUCGGCAAACUCGACGGGGCAGAUUCCGAAAUCGCGCGAUUAGGUCCACCCCUCUCGAAUCGGAGAGGACGAUUCGGAUCGUCUGUCGCACCGAGCCACGCGAUUGUUCGCGCAACAAAGGGACAAGGUGGCCGAGGCGGUGAGCGCGUCGUGCGCCAGAUCUUCGCGGAGGCGCAGACUGCGUGAUUCUCGAUCGACGACGCCGCGGGACUUCCGGCAUCAUCGCCAAAAUUGCGCCGUCCUCUUGGCAGAGCCUCUGCUGCUCGUGACGCGCGUCAGCGAAGUUCCCCGCCGCGGCAACGGCGAUUGCAUUGCUCGCCCAUCGUCGGCCAAAUCGUGUCCCGCGAAGACCGUUGCGGGAGAAUCUUCGCGCUUGCGGCUGCGUCCCACGGCGACUUACACCAGCGAUGUCCGGGAUCUGGAAUUUACAUUUGUCGGAUUUACGUGCUCGUGUAAGGCAAAUCAGACUCGAUAUUAAAAUGCCGACCGAGUGCAUCGCCAACCCGUUGCAACGGGAGCUGGCCGACUCGAUAAUACGGCUGCAGCCGCUCGACGAGAUCCGCAUCCUCCUGGCGUGCGGCGCCAAGCCGAACGAGCCGGUCACCCAGGGCCUCAGGCCCCUGCACUACGCCGUCUGGCAGCGGUACACCGAGGCCGCCCAACUGCUGCUGGUGCGCGGCGCCGACAUCGACGCCACCGACGAGUGCGGCUACUCGGCCCUGCAUCUCGCCGCUGAACACGGCUACCUGGACCUGGUGAAGCUGCUGCUCAAGUAUGGCGCCAAGGUGGACCACCGGCAGGACACGGGGGAACUUUUCCCCAGGACCAUGUUGUGCGACGAGCCGCUGCGCUUGGCCCUGCGGAACCGCCACGUCGAGGUCGCGAGGAUCCUGCUCGAGGCCGGCGCAAAUCCGAACAAGAGAUACUUCUUCGGCUCCGAGAUCAAUCUGGUGUCGCCCUUGGACCUAGAGUGUAUGGAGCUGCUGCUGGCCUUCGGCGCUCAUCCGAACGCGCGGGAUCGCGCCGGGCUGACGCCCCUCAUGAAGGCCGCCAGACUGCCGCAGGGAAUAUCCUCGGUGCUUCUGCUGCUGAGCUACGGCGCGGACGUGAACGCGACGGCGGACGCCAGGCACGAUUACCGGACGGUGCUGCAUUACGCGAUCCUCGGCGGCGACCCGACGGUGAUCAAUCUGCUGCUGAAGCAGGGCGCCCGGCUGGACCUCGGGCCGGACUAUCAGAAACCGACGGCCCUGGAUCUGGCCGUGCUCAAGGGCGACCCGUCGCUCGUCGAGAUGCUGCUCGAAGCCGGGGCGGACGUGAACGCGACGUCGCCGAUCAUCGGUUCGCCGCUGCACGUGGCGUGCGCGGACAACAUCCCGAACCGGCUGGAGAUCCUGUCCAUGCUGCUGGAGCGCGGCGCCGAUCCCAAUCUGGUGAUACGCAGCGACGACGGGCCGGCGCUGCGGCCGGUGCUCGCCGAGUACGUCGCCUCGAACGAGAACCCGUCGGUGGAGAUAGUGGCGUUGUUGCUCAAGUACGGCGCCCGGGUGGUGAUCAAGACGCAGUUCCGCGACCCGCACGGCAUCCUCAACUCGCUGCAGAACACGGCAGACAAGCCGCGGCUGCUGCGCGCGCUGCUGGAGGCGGCGGAGAGCUUCGAUCCCUGCAUGAUCCGACGGUCCAGCAGCCUGACGGACGCGCAGAAGGCCCUGGUGAUGGAGGCGGCCAGGACCCCGCUGCCGCUGACCCAUCAGGCGAGGCUGAUAGUCCGCAAGCUCUGCGGCACCAGGCUAACGAAGGUCGUCCGGAAGCUGCAGCUGCCGCAGUCGUUGCACCGUUACCUCCUCUACGACUACUACUAGCCGGCGGAUCGUUGGGGGUCGAGGCAUUUCGCGGGAGGGACGACGUUUGUCGGAGCACUCGCUCGAGUUUCC